AUGGACGAUCAAUCCUCCACAUCAAUCCCCAUGAACGUCGUAUCGGUACCCAACGUACCCAUAUACCUCGCCUUUGCCGGUAUAGUGGCAUACUUGUCACCACAUCACCAGUCUUUUGAGCUGAUCGCCCUGAUCAUCCGCAACGGCGGCGGCCAACUGGUCACGUCCCACAAGAUGGCCAGCAUUAACGUAUUCCUGCUGGACUACCCGUCCAUGGCAAUGCGGGCGGGACCGCUUCGGACAACACUGGAGGUGGAAUUCUUCAAGUUAGUGGAACGCUAUGGCGACUCGAAGCGGACAGACGUGGCCUGUGUCAACACGGCCUGGGUACACGAGGUCGCUGCCAAGGGCUUCUACGACCCAGACCACCACGUCCGCUUUGAACCCUACAGGCUGUACGCGGAGGACCUUCCCCGGUCGUCGUAUAUUUUUGGCGACACUCGCGAGGACCAGAUCAGGCGUCAAGCCGCCAUGGGACGCCAGAUCCUGCCGAUUACCCCAAUGCCGUGGACGAUCGGCGCCCGCCCCGCCGUUGACAACGAUGAGUUCGAGGAGGACGACAAUUCCCCGUCAGGCAGUGGAACCCCCACCCCGAUCCACGAGUUGCAGCUCCCAGUUACGCAGGCGACGCCGCCGCUGUGGGGCCAGUCGCUGAGUCCACGGGCGAGCCCCAGCAUCGUUCGCAGCGUCAGGGGCAGUGGCGACGGCGCCAGCGGCGGUCUCAGCAGCACCAACCACUACACGCCGUACGCUAGGCCACGUGCCGUGUCUUCGGGCCCACCAAAGGGACGAGCUCUGUUCCGUGUCAAUGGCGCGCGCCCGACCCCUCAAGGUGAAAGUCCUACACAAUUGAACACCCCUGCGCUGGGGUUGGACCCCGGCGACACCGACACCGACAGCGAACCCUCGGCUGGCCUCCCCCUCCCCGCGCUGUCCCAAAGGAGGAGGCGCCCGCCCCUCCAGCGUGAGGUUACAAGGGGCAAUGGCCGCGGGCGCCACUGGAACGCGUCCCCCGAGGCCCACGAAACCACCGCUGGUGCUGUUCCGCGACCCGCCCCGCCCCGAUUCUUUGGCCCUUGUGGCACCCUCCUCAAUGUUGCCGACGCCACCGCUUACCCCACCACCAGCGCCGAUUCCGCUCUUGACGUGGCUCCGCACGUCGCCCUCGGACCCUACGGAACCAUACUGGACAUUCCCCCACAGGCGCCCGAGGCGUCGUCGUUGUCGCAGUGGCUCGCGCGGCCGUGGCUCGACCGGGGCUAUACAGCCCACCUUUACCGCCUCGGCAGCUCCUCGAUCCGGUCCAUGCGGGAAUUCCACAAUGACCUCGACCUGCUUGCCCCACGUCUGGACCGCGCCGUGGCGACGACCGCCUCUGCUCCGGAGCUUACCCUCCCCCGUCCGUCGCGAUGGCCCACAUCCAGCACCCCGCAGACUGCAAGGCCGCCCUCGGCAAUCUACGAUGACUCCCAGGCAGGCAGCCCCCCAGCCUCUCCGCAGAUGGAUGCCGGCUCUCCAGGUUUGGUGUUGGUUCCAGAGUCACCGCCCACCACUCCCUACCGCAACGCUCCGUCUCGCAGCACUUCACCCGCCUGGAGCGCAAUUCCCGACUCGCAACCUGAUUGCUAA